AUGGCGCUUGCUUCUUCCAUAAUCACCACUCUCCUCACUCUCCAACCGGCGGGAUACGCCACUCUAGCCGUCGUCGCCGUUUGUUCACUCUUUUUCUCCCUGCGCCUCUUGACAAACUUCACCGCCGGCAAAAACAGAGCCGGCCCCUGCCUCCGGCGAGUUCCUCAGGUGCCCGGGCUCCCGGUGCUUGGGAACUUGCUGCAGCUGAAGGAGAAGAAACCCCACAAAACGUUCACCAAAUGGGCCGAGACUUACGGCCCAAUCUACUCCAUCAAAACCGGUUCCUCCUCCGUCGUCGUUCUCAACACCACUGCCGUCGCCAAAGAGGCCAUGGUGGCCAAGUUCUCGUCCAUAAGCACAAGGAAGCUAUCCAAGGCUCUGUCCAUGCUGACUGAGGACAAAUCCAUCGUCGCCAUGAGCGAUUAUGACGACUUCCACAGGACGAUCAAACGUCAUGUUCUCACUCACCUGUUGAGCCCGAGCGCUCAGAAAAGGCUUCUGUACCAGAGAGAACUAAUGGUGGAGAACAUAGCAACGAAGUUGCGGGAUCAUGCCGAGGCUCGUCCCGGGGAAGCUUUGAAUUUCAGGAAGAUCUUUGAGACUGAACUCUUCGGUUUAUCCACGAGGCAGGCGAUUGGCAAGGAUGUGGAGUCGAUCUACGUCGAGGAAUUGGGGAGUACGGUGUCCAGAGAAGAGAUCUUCAGAAUUUUGGUACUUGAUCAGAUGGAAGGCGCCAUAGAGGUAGACUGGAGAGAUUUCUUCCCGUAUCUGAGAUGGAUCCCCAACCCCAGCUUCGAGAAGAAGAUCCGGCGGAUGAAUUUCCUCCGACGAGCAGUGAUGAAUGCCCUGAUCAAGGAAUGCAAGCAACGAAUUGCGUCUGGAGAUGUGAUUGAUUGUUACAUUGAUUACUUGCUAUCAGAAGGUAAGACCCUGACGGACCUCCAGAUCAUGAUGCUGGUAUGGGAGACGAUCAUCGAGACGGCCGAUACUGUAAUGGUGGCAACGGAGUGGACCAUCUACGAGCUAGCCAAGAAUCCUGACCGUCAGGAACGACUCUUCCAGGAAAUCCUGACCGCAUGUGGAUCAUCCGAGGGACUCUCCGAACAACAUCUGUCAAAACUUCCUUACCUGAACGCCAUUUUCCACGAGACCCUUCGAAGGCACAGCCCUGUUCCGAUCAUUCCCCUGCGCCACGUGGACGUCGACACGGAGUUGGGAGGGUACCACGUUCCUGCUGGGACAGAGAUAGCUAUGAACUUGUACGGAUGCAACAUGGACAGGAAACAGUGGGAGAGCCCGGAAGAGUGGAUGCCGGAGAGGUUUCUGGACGGGGGAUCGGACACGACGAUGGAUCUGCACAAAACGAUGGCGUUUGGAGGAGGGAGGAGGGCUUGCGCCGGAGCUCUUCAGGCGAUGCUGAUUUCUUGUACUUCGAUUGGGAAGAUGGUGCAGCAGUUCGAGUGGCGAUUGGAGGAAGGAGAGGAAGAGAAUGUGGACACACUGGCGCUUACUGCUAGGAAACUUGAACCCUUGCAUGUGACCAUCAAGGCAAGGAGUUAGAGUCUUAGAGAAGAAGGGGGAAUAACUGGAUGGGACUAAAAUGUCAUUCUCCUAAUAAUAAAAUUGUAAGAAUUUUGGAUGCUUCUUGAUAAUAAAGGAAGAGAAAACACGUUGUUGAAUAGUG